AGUGGUGAAGUGCGAAAGGCCAGACAUCCCAAAUGCUGAACGCAUCAGCGGUAACAGUGGGCCAUACGGUUACAUGGCCACACUCACGUAUGGGUGUGUGAAGGGAUACAGAAUGGCCGCUGGUUCAACUGGCACAGUUGUAUGCAAAGAGAUGGGAUGGACGCAUACCCUUGUGUGCGAAGAGAUCAUAUGUCCCCAAGUGCAGCCCACAAAUGCCACUAUUACUAAGGGGGCUGUAGGCCCUUACAGACCUGGGUCAAUCAUCCGUUAUCGGUGCCAAGAUGGAGCCACACUGGUUGGCAGGUCUACGUUGGAAUGUCGACUUGAUGGACAGUGGUCUUCUGACCCUCCUAUGUGCAAAGAGAUCAUAUGUCCCCCAGUGAAGCCCACAAAUGCCACUAUUACUGAGGGGGCUGUAGGCCCUUACAGACCUGGGUCAAUCAUCCGUUAUCGGUGCCAAGAUGGACAGACACUGGCCGGCAGCUCUACGUUGAACUGUCAAUCUGAUGGGCAGUGGUCCUCUGGCCCUCCAGUGUGCAAAGAGAUCAUAUGUCCCCCAGUGAAGCCCACAAAUGCCACUAUUACUGAGGGGGCUGUAGGCCCUUACAGACCUGGGUCAAUCAUCCGUUAUCGGUGCCAAGAUGAAAAGACACUGGCCGGCAGCUCUACGUUGAACUGUCAAUCUGAUGGGCAGUGGUCCUCUGGCCCUCCAGUGUGCAAAGUGGUGACAUGUCCUGAGCCUAAGAAGACCAAUGCUGUCAUCGUAAGCAGGGCUGGUGGCCCUUACACAGUUAACUGGGUCCUGAAGUAUGAGUGCCCAGAUGGGACACAUCGGAAUGGGAACGAUCAGAUAAUAUGCCAGCCUGAUGGGCACUGGUCAUCAGAACCUCCUGUUUGUGAAGAAGAUUCAGGGUCGCGUAAAAAAUUGCUAAGUUGGUUACUCCCAUCAUUAGGUCUUGGGCUCCUGGGUGGUGGUUUUCUUGUUUGGUGGUUCGUUUUCCGGAAGAAAAAAAACAACAAGGAUAUUGACCAAGCACCAAAGAGGGAAAGUAUUAAGUUAAAUACUGACCCUGAAUCUGUGUGAUGAAAUGCACAACACCAGUGGAAGAAGAAAAAUCGUAUUAGUUCCUGAGAUACCAUCAUGUUCCCUCUUGGACGCUUGUAUACAGUACUUCAUCUCCGCCUCCUUCAACCCAAUUAGCCACAGAUGACAGUGGUGUGAUGAAUGUACUGCAGGCUGUUUGUUUGUUUGUAUGUGCGUGCGUUUGCCUGGUUUUAAGGAAAGUAACAUUAACAGUUGUGCUUUGCCGUUGCUACUGAUGUUGCAUUUCCCAUUGAUUGAUUUGUCAUUGUUAAAGAAAUUCAUGAGAGCCUCCAGAAAAGGCUUUCACAAAAUUUUGUAUAAAGGCUGCACUCUCGUGUGUAAUUCAUGCAUUUCAUUUUAGUGGGUUAGCAUGACAGAAAGACGGCCUAAGCCUUCUUCAUUCUAAUUUAUAUUAUAUUAUACUAUAUUAUAUUAGGCUAAAUAUAUUAAGCUAUAUUAUAUUAGGCUAUAUAUUAUAUUACAUUAUGCUUUAUCUGCCUAUAUUAUAUAAAAUUAUAGCCUUUUAUUGGCCUAUCUAUUCAAUUACACCAGGACAUAGCGAUUAUGUUGGUUAAGAAAACUAUGCCUAGUGAGAAGGCCGAAUGGCUAGUGACUCAUUAUCAAAUCACUAACCAAAAUGGCCGGUAAGCAAAAAAGUUAGUGUCAAUCCGCUAAAAUAAAAUACAAGAAUUACACUUGAGUGCGCGGCUUUUCUACAAAAAAAAAUGUUCAAAUCUGUUCGCUUGCACCCGAAGACAUUUUGGAGUUGAGCGCACUUUCUGAAAAAAGCCACUCACAAAAUUGUGGCCAGGUAUGCGAGCCCCUCAGGCCUUCUGUCCCCCUGAGAUAUUAGUGUUGAGCCUUCCACUGGUCUGUAGCAUGAGCUGCUGUGCCUUCAAGUAACCACUCAAAGCCUGGUGUAGAUGCAACUUCAUAAUUAUCAGUCAUUGUCACAUCUUUGUUAUAGUUGCACUUUUAGAUUUCAAUAUUGUCAAGAAACCAAGUAUUGCACUGAUUUUAUGUAUAUUAAGGGCCCGAGCACCGAAGUGCAGGGGCCAUGCUGUGGCCCUUCGCUCUCUCGGUGCAAAACCCUUUUGUUUUUCGAAAGAUUAUUUGGUUUUCUUCUUGUUGUUUUAUUCAUAUCCAGGGCCGGAUUAAUUCACAGGCUAGAUAUGGCUGCAACCUAGGGGCCCCCAACUGCCAGGUGGGCCCUGAUUGGCUGAAUGUGAAAUAUUGCGGAAUUGUGACCGGUUUGAAUAUUGAAAAAUGCAUGUGUCGUAUUAAGUUAUGCUUAAUUCCUAGCCCAUAAAUAUGACAGUGCCUAUACAAUUUUGUUGCCAAACUUGCCUUCCACGGGGCCCCAGAGCAACCUGUAUCUUUCAGGCCCCAGUCCGUCUUAAUCCGGCCCUGUUCAUAUCUGACUUGAGUAAAUGUAAAUGAAGUAAUUAUCUGUGUUUGGGUCGCAUGACCCCCCAUUUUCUCUCAAAUCCAUCGGUCUGGAUCUGCAGUUAGCCUAUGUUGCGUGUGUCUUGUCUCUAAAUUGAAUUAAAUUAUUUUUAUAGAACUUCA